UCGCAAUCUCUUUUCCCUUGUCACCACUUUAAUGUCUUCUGCCAACGAGCCAUUGCCUCCCGUCGGGCACGCCAUGGCCGGUUCUGCUGGGGCAAUGUUUGCUCUUGCAUGUGUCUAUCCACUAGAUAUUAUUAAAACUAGAAUUCAGGUGCAAACAAAGCAUGAAGGAGUCGAAUCCACUGAGGCUGAAUACAAUUCGGCUUUGAGUGGGAUUAAAUACAUCCUCAAGCAGGAGGGAUUUGCAGGAUUGUACGCUGGAUUGCCCAGUUCAUUGAUCGGUACCGCAUCAACCAACUUCACCUAUUUUUACGCUUACUCGUUCCUCCGAACCAAUUACAAUAAGAAAUACAAUCCCAAUGCCGGUACUUUGUCCACUGCUAUGGAAUUGUUGCUUGGCGCUGCUGCUGGCGCUAUCACAACCUUGAUCACCACUCCCGUUUCGGUGAUCACCACUCGACAACAGACACUUCCUGCCAAUGAACGUCAAAGUGUCGUCGAGACUACUCGAUCUAUCAUUGCAGAGGAAGGUGUACAAGGACUUUGGAAGGGCGUGAAACCAUCAUUGGUUCUCUGCGUCAAUCCUGCCAUUACCUAUGCUAGUUUCGAGAAAUUCAAGGAAUUUGUUCUUAAAUCUUUAGAUAAGAAGGUCUUGACACCUGGCUUAGCCUUCUUCGUUGGCGCAUUGAGCAAAACCCUUGCUACUGUUAUCACAUACCCUUACAUUAUGGCCAAGGUUAGAUUGCAAUGGAAGGCACCAAAAGAGAUGGAAGGAAAGAUUCAAGCAUACACUGGUUCCUUUGACGUCUUAGGCAGGGUUCUCAAGACCGAGGGCUUCUUUGGCUGGUACAAGGGCAUGAGCACUCAGAUCACUAAGGCUGUUCUGUCGCAAGCAUUGCUGUUCAUGAUGAAAGACAUUUUCACACGUUAUACCAUCAUGGCAUUUGCACUUGUUAGAGCUCUGAAAGCAAAGCAAGCAUAGAUCUUUAACUUUGUUUACUGUUUU